CUAAAAUAUUUAAAAGAAAAUAUAAUGGAUCUAGAAAUCAAUUUUUCUACAAUGCUUUUAAACCUACAACAAUAAAAUUUAAAGUUAAAGCCACAAAAUCUACCGCUUAAAUCUUAAAGCAAACAACCGAAAGCUACAGCCUCUACCAAUCAAACCCGUACUCACAUCGGACGACAGCAGAAAGCGAAUCUAGACCGUUUAUUAUCAUCGCGUAUGCAAAACGAACGGUGGAUUAGAUCAACAGCUAAUAAAAAAAGGAAAUCGCGGGAGUAUAUAAGCGCCACAAAACAAGUUUCGUUUCUGAAACUUUCUCAUCGAUUCGAUUCCUCGGAGAGAUUUGUUAUCCUAACUUCCGAUCGAGAUAAGAAAGAGAUGACCAACAGCAACAACACCUUACUUCGCCCCAAAUUCGUCAGCUCUUUCGCUAUAUGUGAAGGAUGCAACGAGAAAGUAACUGUUAAGUAUAAAUAUAUGCACAAGUGCAACCUCGACGCCAAAAUCGGAACUGAGGCUAAGAAGAAACCUCCUACCGCCUUUUAUUUUUUCAUGAAUGAUUUCCGCGAAACUUACGAAGAAGAGAAUCGAUAUGUUAACCUUAAGGAUGUUCCAAAGCUUGGUGGUGAAAUGUGGAAGUCUUUCCCUGAGGACGAGAAGAAUGUUUAUAGGGAUAAAGCUGCUCAACUUAUGGAAGAAUAUAACAAGUCGCUUGAGAGCGACGAUGCUGAUGAUGUAGAUGAGGAGAAGGAAGUUGAUAACAAAGGAGAUGCACCAAAUGGUUGUCGAAACGGUAGAGGUAGAGGUAGAGGUAGAGGAAGACUUGUUCGGGGAGGUCGUGGUCGGUGAAGUGCGUUUGGCUAAUAAGCAUACAUUGUCGAUCAGGUCUUACCAAAUACUUUUAAUUCGGGCUGUUUCUAUGCUUUUAAUCAGAAGCUGUUUCAGUCUUCUCGUUUUAUCUCGAUGUAUGAUCUUUCAUACCACUAAGUAACAGACUUUCAUAAAUGAUGAUUUCUAUUUU